CAUGUUGGAGUAUAAACCCCGGAGCAGCAGAGUGUGUUUGGCAUGUUCGACAGAGAAGCCUCAAGCCUGCAUUAACGUAGUGAUAACAUGGUUCUCAACUGUGUCGCAGUUGGGUGCACCAACUACCGAGGGAAGAAGGCUGCAUUGUCCUUUCACAGGUUUCCGGCCGAUGGAGAACGGCGAGAGAGGUGGACAGCUGCACUUCGACGCGCUAAUGGGAGACACUGGCGACCAGCAAGAAACAGUCGCAUAUGCAACGAACAUUUUGUUGGAGGAACUAUCAGCAACGAUCCUGUUUCUCCUGCGUACAUACCAACGAUCUUCUAUCACACGCCAUCCGCCGAAAAACAACGGAGAGAGCGAGCUCUUCAAAGCUAUGUGCGCAGAGAGGCUACAAAAAGAAAAAGAAGGGCAGUUCAAAGACAGACUGAAGCUGCUGGAGUAUUGUUAACCCUACAUGAAAAGUUUCAGUAUGGUCCCCAGCCAGAAGACAUAGCAGAGACAGUGGUGCACCUGGAAAUGGAAUCUGAUGAAGAAAUCUGUGUGGUGGAUGAAAUGGAAGAUCUGGGAGAAUCAGAUGAAAUGGAAGAUCUGGGAGAAUCAGAUGAAGAAGAUUAUGUGGAGGUCGUAGUCGAUGUCGAGGAAACCCAAGAAGAAGAGGAUUUACGAACUGAGAGGCCAGCCGGAACAUCUGACGUUGCAAAGUUGGAGCAAGCAGCUCAAACAGACUUGUCUGCAUCUGACAUAGCUGCUAUCGUUGCAGAUAAUAUUUCUCUUAGAAGUGAAGUUUUGCUGCUCAAAGACAAAGUCAACAGGCUGUCCAUCAGUGAAGACAGCUUUAGUUGUGAUGAUAAAGUUCGAUGUUACACAGGACUUCCAUCCAGCCAGAUUCUGAAAGUGCUGUUUAAUGAGUGUUCCUCAUACCUUGCCGAAAACUCAGCCCUUAGUAAAUUUCAGCAGUUUAUCAUGACACUGAUGAAGAUGCGCAUGAAUUUAUCAAUGCAGUUUCUAUCAUACAUGUUCGAUGUCAACGUCUCAACUGUUUCCAGACUGUUCAACAGUGUCAUUGAUGUAAUGUAUGUCAGACUGCUGCCACGUUUGGUGUUCGGGGCAAGCGGAUCCACCAUAAGAAAAACACUGCCACCGAAUGUUGAGACAACACAGACAUCAAGCAGAAUCGAUGUUGAAGGUGUAAUUGGGCUUGCGAGACAAAAGUACACAAUGUUAAAAAGUACUACUUCUAAAACUCCUAAAAGUGACGGAGCAGAUUUGACCACACUUGACAAAGUAGUUCACAUUGCUUGUGCACUUUGCAACACAAGCGAGUCAACUGUAUUAUCUGAGUAAUGACACUGUAUCGGCACAGAAAGUGCGAAGAUUGACAUGACAAUGUAUUGUCUUGUUUGUAAACAAAGCUUGUUGACAGUUCUUUUCUAGUGACUGUUCAUAUGGUUGAAUGCUUACUUGUGAAUCCAUACAUGAGGAAAAUUUUUUUAGAGCAGCUGAGAAAUGUUGGCGAGACUUCGAAGUACAGAUGUAUUUUAAAUGUUUGACAUUUAAACCCAAAGAAUGACAUGACGGUAAGCUGCAAUAAAUUGUCCUUGUUCAUAAA